UUUAUAACAUCAUAAAAAAUAACAAUUUAUUAAUUUAUAUUACAAGUGUCAAGUGUGUAUAUAAAUAGGGCCAAUUAUAUUCCUUUACAGCUAAAACUUGCAUCAAGUUCUAUCAUCACGAGUCUAUUGACCCAAAUAGAAAAAACCGUCUCUGAGUAGUUUCGGCCCAUGGAACUUGCGCAGUCGGACCCAACCCGAGAUCCGGAUACCCGGUACGAUCAACGUUGCUGCUGUUUCCCCAGCUUCCGAUCAAGAAGCUCCACCGCCGUUGGAUGGGGACGAAUUCGAACCGUUGAUGACAGUAAUCACAGCGGUGACCACGGCGACGAGCCACGGUGGUGGAUCCGAGCAUCCUUGAAGAUCCGAGAGUGGUCGGAAAUCGUAGCUGGUCCACGGUGGAAGACUUUCAUUCGGCGAUUCAAUCGCGAUCCACGACGCGGCCGCGAUUGGGACGCAAGCGAGAAGUUUCAAUACGAUCCUUUAAGUUACUCUUUGAAUUUCGAUGACGACGACGAGGAUGAAUACGUCGGAUUAGGUGGAUUGCGAAGCUUCUCCACUCGAUUCGCUUCUGUUCCGGUGUACUCAGGUAAAGCUCCGGCGAUUUCGCCGACGUCUUUGUCUGCGUUGACGCCGCGUAAUGAGAUAAUUGAAAGUUAGUGGGCGCGUGUGAGAAACGCGUUUGCGUUUCUGGCGGCGGCGGCGAAAAGGCUGUCAAAAUGGUUGACUGGUUGGUUUACAUCUUUUUUGGGGGUCUGUCGCGGUUAUUGCGUUUCCUUAUUUUAUUUUUUUUUGUUUAAUUACUCUGUUUAUAUAAUUAAUACGAUCAACUUUGGAUUAUUUUUAUUUUUUUCCCAGUUUAAUUUAUUUAUUUAUCAACGAAAUUUUCUGUUUCUUGAAAGAGAAGCAAUAUUUUGUUUCUCUUUUGGGGAUAUUAAACUUGUUGUGGCUAAUAUAAUUUAUGUAAAUUAGCUGUUUAGCAUGUGGAAGUAAUGAUUAAGUUAAUCAUGGUUGCUUGACAUGAUUUCUUUA